AUGAACCGUGAUGCUGUAAAAGGAUUGUGGGAAAAGGAGUGGGUCCAUACUGUUACAGGAAAGAUGUUUGGUUUCCAAGCAAUAUCUCAACUACACCAGGCUGGGAUCAAUGCGGAGCAGCAAGAAAUGAGUGAACAGCUGAGCCGACUAGGCGAAGCGCUGAAAUUGUCAGAAAUGGCAGCAAAGUAUCUACCAGCCGGCUGCCUAUCUGAGCAGCUCAAUUCGAUUCAGAAGAUGUACACCGCAGCUAAAAAGGAUAAUGAUUUCAUUUACCAUGAACGCAUAGCCGAUUUCCGUUCUCUUCCUGCAUUGCCACGGGCUGCCUUGGCAAAGGCUCUCCCUGUUACGCAUCCAAUUUCCCCACGUUUCAGAGACAUGUUCGCAAGUGUCGUACCAGUACAAGUUCACAAUGCAAUGCAGUGUUACGAGGGCCGUAAAGCGGAACUAGUGAAUAUUGAAACAGGACGGCUUCGAGAGCACACUCAGCUAAUGAAUGGUAUCCUGGCCUCCUUGAAUCUGCCAGCUGCUCUUGACGAUGUGAAACAAGCAGGUGGCAUCAAUGAGCUGCAGCGAUUAUUCAGCGAAUUACCAGGACUCUAUAAAAGAAACGAAGAAAUCCUGGAUGAAACCAACCGCAUGCUGUCGGAAGAAAAAGAAAGCGAUGACAAUCUUCGUCGUCAGUUCGGGACGAAAUGGUCACGUAUGAGCAGUGAGCAGUUGACUGGCCCGCUGUUACAGGAAAUUGGUAAGUACCGAGGAAUACUGCACACAGCUUCGAAUGCGGACAAAAUGGUUAAGGAAAAGUUCGAGACGAAUCGAGCUGGUAUUGAAAUGCUGAGUAAGAAUGAGGUGGAACUGCGCACUUCCAUCCCCAGCCAAACACAGCACACAGUGGCAGGGUCAUCUGAGGCAGUGACAAAACUGCGUGCACUGAUGAAUCAAGUGCAGGAAAUUAAAGUACAACGAGAGAAGUUGGAGAAGGAUUUCAAAGCCGUUCGUUCCGACAUUGCCGAUGACCUUCUGCGAGCAAUGGCUGAAAGUCAGAUUCUCAACGAAGAGCAGAUAUCCAAGGAGAAAAUCCAAGAGAUUUAUGGACCACUGAAAGAACAAGUGGAGCAGAGUAUCAAACAACAGGAUCACAUUAUGGCUGAAGUUCAGACAUGGAAUACUCGCUUCACAAGUGAAAAAUCAGGAUCAGGUACGGGUGCAGAGAGAGAACGUGUGCUCAAAACGCUAGCCACAGCUGCUGACUCUUUCCAUGAACUGAAAGGAAAUCUAGAAGAAGGAACGAAGUUCUACAACGAUCUUACCCCGAUACUGGUGCGGCUUCAACAGAAAGUUAGCGACUUUUCGUUUGCUCGUCAGACGGAGAAGGAGGAUCUGAUGCGCUCAAUGCAGCAGAAUAUCGUUUCCGGAGGAUCUGGUGGUGGAGGAGGUGGUAGUUCGGUUAAGUCGCCUCCUCCUCGUCCGCCUCCGCCUGCUCCUCGCACUGAAGUAGAGCCACCAAUUCCUCCACCGCGAACACAACAGAGCCUGCAA